AAUAUGUGUGGGUGUGGGCUUGUGUGUAUAUAUAAUUUUUUAAGUUUAACAUGUUACACAUCCAUGAUUCAUGUAAAAAGGGUGGAUGGACGAAUUACAUUAAAAAUGUCUCAUUUCAACUGUUUUCAUUCAAAAUGACUCCUCAGCUGAGCUCUUCUCCAUGACAUCAUGAUUAGAACUCUGAACUGCUGUUCUAAACUGCUGUUGGUGUGUUUAGGAGUGAACUGAUUCAGAGCUACUUUCGUGUCUUUCAGCGUUUUUUGACGACUACUUUUGAAUUCAGUUACAGCAUUGACUGUUCAAAAUGUCACUGUUUAGAAGGGGAUUUUGGCCGCUGUCUGCAGGUUUUACACCUCUCUGGGGCAGAAGGCUGAGCCCUCAAAAAGCAGAGAUAAGUGCAGUGGCAGGAGAAAUCAAGUCCAAGUCCACAAAGAAACACCGCAAGGUGAAGUCCCAUCAUGGACAGAGACCAAGGAAAGAGGGAGAGGGUCUGAAAGACAAGGCUAAACAAGAAAAACAAGCUCUCAGCCUUAAAAACAUACAGAUCACUGAGAGAGAAGGAGGAAAAGGAGAACCUGAAGGACAGAGGAGAAACCUGAAAAACAACAAGACUCUUCCUCUACCCAUAGAGGUCAAACCUCUGCCAGCUUCAGCCUGUUUCUCCUCGUUACCUCCAGUUGGAGAUCAACCUGAACAUUCAGAUGUCCUCGCUCUCCCUGCUGCUCGCCUCAAACCUCUGCUGAAAAACAAAGAGUCACUUCCUCAUCUUGUUGAGGUCAAACCUCUGCCAGCUUCAGCCUGUUUCUCCACCUUAGCACCUGUUGGAGAUCUACCUGAACAUCCUGAAGUUCUCGUUCUCCCAGCCUCUUGCCUCAAAGCCUCAAGUCCUCAAACCCCUGCUGAGGAAGCUGAGCACCUGCUGCCAAGCUCAGUCAUCCAAGUGGCUCCAUGUGUCUCUCCAGAACCAGUCCUUCUUCCCCUCCAGAGCUCUUCUGAGGUGGCUUCUCUGUGCUCGAUUCCUUCAUUCAGUGAACUGUCCUUCCUCCAGAGUCCUCCUGAAACACUGCCGAUUCCUCCAAUCUUUGCAUUUGACGAGGUUGUGUCUCUUGUGAAGCCUCAAGCAUCCGAGUUAUCUCCUUGCUCAGGCCUCAAGCUCUAUGACUUUGAGGAUGAGGAGCUUGAAUUCAUGGAGUACACGGAGGAAAACAUAGAAGCUUUCUAUGAGUCUGAAACAAAACCGAGACGGAUGGAGGCCUGGUUGGAGCAGGAGGAAGUGACGGAGGUCCAGAAACAUGGAGAAAAGGGAGCCUCGCAGGUCAUACAAAACCCACUUAAUGAGGUGUCUUGUCAUGAGGCGUCUGAGGAGCUCCCGAUUCAGGCGUUCUGCGCUGGACCUCCUGUGAACACUGAAAUCAAGAAGAAGAAGCCAAAGACGUACAACCCGCUGGUUCUGUUCAGCUUGAUGGAGGAGAAGGUGAAGAAAAAGCAGGAAAAGAAACUGCGAAAGGAGGAGGAGCGAAAUGAAAGGGAUCUCCUGCGGAAACGCUACAGAAAUGAUCCCAAACUCAAACACUUGCGCGUCAAUAAGCACAAUCCCAACUUCUGCUGGUCCUGAAGCGCAUCACCGUCCCUCCCUGACACCUUCUUACACCUUUACCCUACUGCACAUUCCUGCCUGUAAAUAAAAAUGUGCAUAGCAAA